AUGUUCCUGUUUCGACGCGUCCCACUGCGUGCCAUCCCCCGGCAAACCACCCUUCGUCUCCAACGGCGAUCUCUCGGCAGCGUGAGCGCUAUCGACUCAGUAAUCUUCCGUACGCUGUUUGGAACCGAUGAGAUCAGAAAGGUCUUCGACGACAAAGCGUAUAUCAAUCGAUGCGUUGAUGCUGAGACUGCUUUGGCAAGAGCACAAUCAAAAUGCAAUGUCAUACCAUCUCAUAUCGGAGAGAUUGUGACGGCCAAAGCUCGCGAAGUCGAACUGGACUACGAUAGGCUACGCAACGAAACUGAAAUCGUCGGCUACCCCAUCUUUCCUUUGGUGCGACAGCUCUCUGCAUCGUGCGGUGAGGAGGCUGGGCGAUACGUGCAUUGGGGAGCAACAACACAGGACAUUAUGGAUCUGGCAAGCAUUCUGCAGAUGAAGGAGGGCCUCGAGAUCGUUGAGCGCACACUCCGCUCCGUCAUCAAAAACCUCGAAGACCUGUCAAGAAAGCACCGGGAUACGCCCAUGGCUGGUCGCACCCAUCUUCAACAUGCUCUUCCUAUCACUUUUGGCCACAAGUGCGCUAUUUGGCUAUCUGGGUUUCAACGACAUCUCGAGCGUCUUGAGCAGCUCAAACCUCGCGCCUUGAUGGUACAGUUCGGAGGCGCCGCAGGUUCUUUGGCUUCACUAGGUUCGGGCGAUGAUGGCAUUCGUGUUCGAAAGGAAAUGGCAAGAGACCUGGGUCUGACAGAUCCUCCGAUCACCUGGCACGUCGCCCGAGAUGGUGUUGCAGAGAUCACCAACUAUCUCGCCCUUGUUGGUGGUACCCUCGGCAAGCUUGCCCUAGACAUUAUCAUCAUGUCUUCCAAUGAGCUCUCGGAAGUGUCAGAGCCCUUUGUACCACACCGCGGUGCUUCCUCAACUAUGCCUCAGAAGCGAAAUCCCAUCUCGAGCGAGGUCAUCUUAGCCGCAUCGAAGGUCCUGCGAUCGAAUGCUGGCUUGGUGCUGGAUGGCAUGGUAUCGGACUUCGAGCGUGCUUCCGGUCCAUGGCAUCUCGAAUGGGUGGCCGUCCCGGAGAGCUUCGUUAUGGCUGUCGGAGCGCUGUACCAAGCUGACUUUGCGCUCUCUGGUCUGGUAGUCAAUUCGAAGCAGAUGCUCACGAACCUAUACUCCACUAGAGGUCUUAUUGUCGCAGAAGCUGUCAUGAUGGGUCUUGCUCCGCACGUCGGUCGGUCAAAAGCUCACGACGUUGUCUACGAGGCAUGCAAAGAAAGCAUUGAGAACGACACCAGCUUGUUGGAAGCUCUACAGACACGACCCGAGAUUACCGAUAAGAUCUCCGGCGAAGAGCUGAGCUCAUUGUGCGAUGCAAAGAACUAUCUAGGCUCAUGUGGACUCAUGGUGGACGAGGUCUUAGCUGCAUCCAAAUAG